GCAGAUACGCGGUAGCCUGUGCCUUUUCACCACCUUUGACGAUGCGCAAGAAAAAUAAGAAGACCAAGUUGCCUUCGCCAAAGACCAGGGCGACGUCACCCCAGCAGCCCCCGCUUAUCACAGGGGGGGAAGCAGCGGGCGCCCUCCCUCAGGUUCCCCCCUCUAGUCCGACGCAACCCUCGACAGGUGCCGAUGACAAUCCUUGGCGACGGUUCCUGGCGCUCGGAAAGGGCCUGCCCACCGACACCGGCAAUGCGGUCGCGAGUCCUCCGGUGCUGGACAUACCGAAGUUGGAUGGCACAAUGUCGCCCCGGGCUUUGGUGUCACCCAGCAGUACCGAAGGCGCCACUCCAGCGCACAGAACGCCGGAUUUCGUGGCGUCACCACUUCAGUUGGAAGGCGCGUUUCCGGCCGGCUCCACGGGCUUCACGCCGCAAAGCCCCAGUUCGCUCCAGUGGGACUCGUUGCACCCCAGUGGCUGGAGUCCCGGGCGAACAACGCAGCCAGCAACCGCUACUUCGCCGCUUAGCUCACCAUCGUCGCCUACUGAAGAUGGCGCUGCCGCUGCCUGUGCUACCAGUGCCAGAGAUUCCGAAAAGACAAAGACGAUGCCGCACCUGAGUCUGAUGUGGCUUUCGGAUGGCACCUGGUCUGUCGCUGUAGUAGUGGCCUCGGUGGCGCUGCUGACGAUGGUGUUGCUGUACGUGGCAUGGGAACUGAACCGGACCCGUACCGUCCGCAAGGAGCAGCGCUUCUCAAUGACGGUGUGCAGCACUGGUGACUGCAACCUGCACGCCACCAGUCUCAUGGACGCCAUCGACAGGUCGGUGCAACCGUGCGACGACUUCGAAGGGUUCGCCUGUGGCCGCCGCGAGCAUCCGCCAGCGCUACGCAGCUUCCACACGCGACUGAAGCGCCACUGGCAUGUGGUGGACGCGAACCUCAUGCUCACAAGGGGACGCAACCAGACGCUGCACUUCGCAGCGUCGCGCAAGGCGACCGCCAUGUUGCGAGCCUGUCUCUGGCAAGGCUCCCUCCGUGAACAGCGACUGGGAAGGCAGGCCCUGAUAGAAUUCAUGCGAGAACGGGGCUUGUCAUGGCCCGAACCGGCAGGUCCUGCUCCUCCGUCCAAGGGCCUCCAAGUGCUGCUGGAUCUAUCGAUCAACUGGGCGGUCGACAUAUGGUUCCGCUUGACCUUCGUUAGGCAUCAUAGCGGCAACAAGUUCUACUUCAGGGAACCCACCGUUUUUGUGACGGCCAUAAAAGAGCUACGCCAGCAGGACGGGCCGGAUGGUGGCCGCGAGCGGGUUCGUUCCACGCUACACCAGCUGCGUAACGCCAGCCAAGGGUCCCGCGCCAUCGAGCACCAAGAAGAGGACGACGCCCUCGUGGACCGGCUGCUGACGGAUGAGGGCGAUGUGCUCGAAAGGCUUCAGGAAGCGAUGCGAAGUUCGCCGGACGAGGGAAACACCCUCGACAAGCUGCCCCUCAAGCUCAUGGUGUCGGUCACAGACGCGUUACCUGGCACCACAUGGCAGAAAGUCCUUCGGUCCGUGCUCAACGGCACAGGCGUCCCCGUUGGUGACAACGACACGGUGUUCAUCGACAACGCCAGGCUGCUGUCGACGCUCGGCGAUAUGGUGGUGAGCAUGCGCGGCCGCCUGCUAGACCAGCUGGCCCUGUGGUUCUUGCAGCUGCACGCGGACCUGCUGCCCAUACCCCCGCGUGACUGGCUGGACAGGACGCUGGCCUGCCACGCCGCCGUCGAGCUGCGCUUCGGCCUCGUCGUGAGCGCCGAGCACAUGGCGAAUCAGUUCAAUGACGGUCAACGGCAGGAAAUCGAGGCCAUGACAAGCAGCCUUAUGGAUAUCAUGAAAUCUAUGCUGACGAACGAGUCGUGGGUGCCUCGGGAAGCCAAGAAGAUCGCCGGCAAGCUGGACAACAUGACGAUAAAGCUCUGGCCAAGCAGCCAGCUUAGCGACGCGUGGUUAACGCGGCUGUACGCUGAUUUCCCCGACCGUGCGCCGUCGUACGUCCAGUUCUGGCUGGCCGCAGGCAAAGCGCAGCGCUCGCUGCAGCUGGCGCCUGCGAGGAACGCUUCACCGGCGAACACCACCGUCAAUGCUGGAAGAUUUGACCGGGGCACCGACGUCCUAUGGUUUUCAAACGCCGCUCGUGACCCGCCUUUCGAGUACGACUACUGGGCCAACCGCGUGCUGCUCAGCCCGGCGGCGCUGUAUGCGCCUCUGUUCUACGCCCGAGGCACCAAUGCCAUGGUGUACGCGGGCCUGGGUGCCACGCUGGCAUGGCUCGCGGCCAAGGCGUUCGACGAGCGGGGCAUUGACGUGAGCGCCGGCGAGAACCUCAUUGUCUGGCUCUCGGGCUCGGCGCGCCAGCAGUUCGUCCACCGCGCCAAGUGUCGGCAGCCCGCCUUGAAGGCCGCCAUUACAGGCUACAAUCGCACGAUGCUGCGGACGGGCGGGGACGUCGGACUGCACGUUGACCGUGACUACCCGCCGUGGCAGAUGUUCUUCCUAAGCUUCUGUCAGCCCCUGUGUGGCCUGCCCGCGGAUAUCGAUGGACCCCGGGCUCCGCGCGGACGUCUCUGCAACCAGGUCCUGAUGAGCACGCGCGACUUCUCGUCCGCUUUCAAAUGUCGCAUUGGAGGACAUCCAAUGGCACCUGCCUCCAUCUGCAGUGACUGAUGCUCGCUGGAGGUUUCGCACGUCAUCUCUGGUUUUGUAGGGCGUAAUCCGGGAUGGACAAUGACUAUGUUAUCUGCAGUGUGCAGCUUCAAAUGUAUAUAUCGAAUUUUCACUUCAUAAUAACACCAUAUUUUCUCUGAACAAGCACAACCACAGAUUUGACUGCACUGACAAUUUGGUUUUUCUAGAAGGUGUAUUUUUAUAUAUAUGUGACGCGAGCGGGAAGCUACGGGCGGAGGUAAACAUGGUCGCCGGGCCACUGUCAUUAUUCUUCCUAAUAUGCUUCCAGGACUGUCUACAUGUGCGCUGCUACAGUAUUCCCCCUUCCUCGCGUGAGCUAGAGCAAUGUAAAUUAAAGGGAACGAGAAUAACAUUAAGGUAUAAAUUAACAUUAAAAUCUGAAGAUAUAUAAGCUUUAAAAACAGUUGGACACUCACAAAUGUGUAGUGAUCAGGAAAAAGACGGACUUU